CACUGUCUUUUUGUUUCUGCUUUCAUACUCACAUCCGAAGUAAUAUGUGAUGACACUUACUCCAAUAAAACCUGGAGUAUUGUGGUGCAGGGCAUGUUCCAAUUGCGCAAAAUUAACCAGAUGGAGUGCAAAAUAUGUCAGUAUCUGGAGUGA